AUGCAACUAGUAACAAUGCAGUGGUUAGCAACCAAUCAACAUGCCUUCAAUCCAGACCUCAUCUCUCCGAACGUUCUCGAAAAACUCAUUAAGCAGCAUGUUCGUCGGGUUGAAUUCUCCCAUUUACCGGAUAUGAACGACCCGAAAACAGUGAUCCCGCGUACAGCGAAACUUUAUACAAAACAGGAACCUUCCGAACGAUUUAUAUUGAUUCUGGAAGGAAGAGCAAUGGUCACCAUCGGCCAGAACGAAAUGACUUUCGAAGCCGGUCCUUGGCACUGCUUCGGUGGCGAACUUCUCGACCAGCUGGUUACAGUGGCACAGCAACAGUACGGUGUCGCUACUGCUCAAACGCAGCAACAACAAGGCUUAGAUGCUCAGUUUUCAUUGACUGACAUAUUCAAUAAAAAAUCCUUUUUUGUUGAAGGUGGUGGUGGAGGUAGUGGUGGUGGUGGUGGUGGAGCGCAGGUAACGUUUUCGCGUAAUUCAUUGAGCACGUCGGGUGUGUCGCCAUCAGAAGCAGUGAAAAAGAGCACGAUUACUUUUACACCGGACUUCUCGGCCGUUGUGCGGGACGAUUGUACAUACCUGGAAAUAACCGCUCAAACCUACCUGCUGGCGUACAAAUCGACGCUAAUAUCGAAAGGAAGC